GAGUCGCCCAUCUCUCUCGUCUAUGGUAAAUGUGUCUGUUGAUUAAACUUCGCCUUGCACAGAGCCGACGUCGAAUACUCGCUCACGCUCGGCACGCCGACGCGUUUCACGCCAGACGACGCUGCGCAAAUGGCAAGGCAAAACCAUUCCUGCAUCACCAUCACCAAUAUCGCCCUCUCUGAGUUCAACCCACCCUUCCUCGCUACGCCCGCCGCCCAAACUUUCGACGCCCACAACCGAUCCCUCCGCUUCCCAGCUCACACACCCGCCCUCGCCGCCGUCCUCCGCGACGCAACCCAUAUCGCCCGCCUCUUGCAAGCCGCCUCGACCUCCGGUUCCGGCUGCGCCAAACUCGCCAGCAGCGCCGUACACGACACCUUCAUCCUGCUGGGCUUCCGGCUGCAGGCGCUGUCGCCGCUGGUCGCUCGCCCCAGCCUAGCGGCCAGCUUCACUGCAGGUACCCUCGCAAUGCCGUGCAAAGAGGGCGGCAGCCUCGAGGAGCGAGCGGCGAGUGUCGGCUUAGUGGCGUUCGUGGCGAGUUUCCUGUGGGGAGGGGGCUGUGGGAGGCUUACCAGCGGGCCGCUGCGGUGGGUGGAGGAGGCUGCGAGGGACGUGAUUACUUCUUGUCUGCCCCUCAGCAGGAAUGGGAUGGAUGAUGAGAGUGUGGCUUUGGGGGAGCUGUUGCUGUGGAUGUUGUUCGUCGGAGUUUCUUCCGGUGUGUUUGAGGUUAGGUAUGCUAGCGGCGGGUGGGUGGCUGUCAAGACGGGUGAGGUGAUGCGUUCCCUGGGCUUGGUGGAUGCUGACUGGGAGAGUGUGACAAGCGUGUUGGAGAGGUUUCCAUGGAUUGACGCGCUGCAUGGAAGGAAGGGGCGGGUGCAUUGGGAGAGGAGCAAGGUACUAUUCUGAGCUAGAUACUGACAAAAAUAGAUAACUAUUUCAAUAA